AUGGAUUUUUUGAGCUUGCAAUUAAGAAUUUACAGCGACAAGGACUGCGAAGUUUCUUCUCGGAAUUCCCGAAAGGCCCCGGAUUACUCGAUAAAUUUAUCCACGGGGAGGUUCCACUGCCCCGCAUGCAAUUGGAGCUACACAAGAAGAGAUUCAAUGCUCGCGCACUAUCGCUACGAGUGCGGAAAACCCCCGCGUUUCAAGUGCCCGUAUUGCCAACUGUGUAGCAAAAAAACUUCCAAUGUCUACCAACAUGUCAGAUCUGUUCAUCCCAACGAAGCGGUCACGCUGGUCAAACUAUAUUAA